AUGGAAGUCGACACUGUCGUCGACGUGACGUGUUCGUCGUCAUCAACUGUCUUGAGCAGAUUGUCUAUCGCUAAUAACACGAAUUUACUGCGAAUGACGUCCCUUCCGCCGAGUUGCCAAGACCGUUGCUCGCCGGACUCAUCCCGUCACGUGUUUGCGACAUCUAUCCCGGCUUCCGAGAAGCUCGCCUUAAGCGUUUUCCCCGCUAUCAAUGGCAGUGACGCUCGUGGCGCUGGCGGCGAUUCGGGAAGGCAACAGUGCGACUUCAGCAGUAGUGUUGAUGAAAAGGCAGCAGCGGCCUCAGUCGAAAAGAAACCACAUCCCUUGUUCAGAUGCCACUUGUGUUCGUAUUCCGGAAACAGCAAGUACCAUUUCAAGAACCACUUGGACUCGCAUUUCCAGGCCAGGCAUUUGCAACACGCCCAGUUGCAAUUCCUCCACGCCACCAGCGCAUUCCUACAAACCAAAUCGGCAACGGAUGUAGAAAUGGACGACGAAGACACCGAGGACCGCAUUAUUCAGCCAGCAUCAUCGUCUUCGUCGGCGUCUGUUUCUCCAUCUCCCACCGGAACUACAACUCUCGCUUCUACCACUCCAGUUAGUCUGAGACAGAUGUCGCUGUUACACUGUGAAAAGUCGCCGGAGCGAGAUGCGCAGCUCGUCUCGACGGUACCGCCACCAGCAGCUGACAGCCAAGAGCCCUCUGAGGAAUUGGACAAGACCAACCUGAGCAGCGACGAGGGCAGCUCCAAAGACACCAGCACCACCGGAACCACCACCACAGGCACCAACACCAACAGCAACAGCAACAACAAGUCCCGCCUCAAGUGCAAACAGUGCGGGUUUGUGGCCACGGAUAAGCAGGAGCUGUGGGCGCAUUCCAGAGCCGAGCACAUCAAGGCCGAGAGGGCGCUCAAAUGCCCCAAGUGUCCAUUCGUGACCGAGUACAAGCACCACCUGGAGUACCACGUGAGGAACCAUUUUGGGAGCAAGCCGUUUCGGUGCGACCAGUGCGCUUAUGCCUGCGUCAACAAGUCCAUGCUCAAUUCCCACAUGAAAAGUCAUUCCACUGUCUAUCAGUACAGAUGUGCAGACUGCUCAUAUGCCACCAAGUAUUGCCACAGUCUGAAGCUGCACCUGCGGAAAUACAACCACAAUCCAGAUGUUGUGCUGAAUGCAGAUGGAACCCCCAACCCUUUGCCCAUUAUUGAUGUUUAUGGAACCAGAAGGGGUCCAAAGGCCAAGAAGCAACCAAAGAAAGAGCCUGCAACUUCAUUUUUGCCUCUGCUGGGUGGACUCCCAAUGGUUGGUAACCCUGGUGGGCAGAACCUGCAGCAGCAACAGCAUCAACCACAACAUCCGUGGGCCACCAUGCAACAGACUAUUGCAAAAAUAGUCAUUGCCAGUUCUGCAAUAAAGGGGUUUCCUGGAAAUCAAGUUCCCUGGCCUUUGGGCAAUCUGUUGCAGUCUCCUUUGCCAGCCACAGGAAUGAAUUCUUCAGCUUUGCCAUGGAACAAGCAGCCAACUGAUUCAGUGCCUUCUCCUUUGGACCUGAGCAGCAAUUUUGUGUAA